AUGGAGAACAGGACGGAGGUGAGCGAAUUCAUCCUCCUGGGCCUGACCAAUCUCCAGGGGUUGGAGCACUUUCUCUUCACACUCUUCCUGCUUCUCUAUGUGGCCAGCAUGGUGGGAAAUGGGGCCAUGGUAACCAUGGCACUGAUAGAGCCCCAGCUUCACACCCCCAUGUACUUUUUCCUAGGGAAUCUCUCCUGCCUGGAUAUCUGCUAUUCCACAGUCACUGUGCCCAAGAUGCUGGCCGGCUUCCUCUUGGGGCAGCAGACAAUCUCAUUUGCAGGCUGCAUGGCCCAGCUCCACUUCUUCCACUUCCUGGGUAGCAGUGAGGCUGUGCUGCUGGCUGUCAUGGCCUAUGACCGCUACGUAGCCAUCUGCAACGCACUGCGCUACAGGCUGGUUAUGAGCCCAUGGGCCUGCUUGCUCCUGGCAACAGCCAGCUGGGUCACCGGCUUCCUGCACGCCCUGAUGCACACAGUCAUGACCUCCCAGCUGCACUUCUGUGGCCCCAGAUGUGUUCCCCACUUCUUCUGUGACAUCAAGCCCCUGCUGAGCCUGGCCUGCGGCAGCACCUACCUCAAUCUGACCCUGCUCAACAUCGUCACUGGGGGCAUUGUAGUCAUCCCCUUUAUUCUCACGCUCCUCUCUUACCUCUACAUCAUCUCCUUCCUGCUCCUGAAGGUCCAGUCAUGGGAAAGCAGGAGAAAGGCCUUUUCCACAUGCGCCUCCCACCUAUCUGUGGUGUCUCUAUUCUAUGGGGCGGCCAUCUUGACCUAUGUGCCCCCUUCCUCCAGGGAAUCUCCUGAAUGGGACAUGAUGAUUGUUCUCCUUUACAGUGUGGUCACUCCUGUCCUGAACCCCGUGAUCUACACCCUGAGGAACAAGGAGGUGCAGUCUGCCAUGAGGAAAAACCUGCACAGAAAACUCUUCCCAGACAGGAUAUGA